AUGGAGGGCAAAACCUUGAUUUUUCCACUUUUGGCUAUUGUUUUAUUCAUUUCACAAACAGAGGUGCUGGCUACAGAGUCAGUCUAUACAAACUUCAUCAAAACCAAAUGCAACAACACUUCACACCCUUCACUUUGCGAGAAAACACUAAUGCCGUAUGCUUCUUCCGUGAAAACCAACUCUAUGAGACUUUGCGAAGAAGCUGUUAAAGUAGCCAUAAAAGGGGCACGCAGCGCCUCUGUCAUCAUCUCCAAUCUGUCAAAACAGAAGGGACUUUCCCAAUAUGAAGCUAAGACUACUAAAGUCUGCAUUAAAUGUGUGAAGAAUAGUGUGCAUCAAUUCAGAAAGAGUGUUAAGGCAAUUGGAGACAUGAUUGGUGAACAAGAUGAAUAUGAAUUGUUUUACGCUAGAUCGUAUGCAUAUUCUGCAUUAACAAACUUAGGAUCAUGCAUCGAUGGGUUCGCCGAUCAGCAGGAGCGAAAGAUAAAUCCGAAUGUGAAGAAGGUGAUAGAUAGAAGCAUGGCAGUUAUUAGUAAACUCGGCAACAUUGCAUUGUCACUCAUUAGCCAUCGUUAA